AUGGGUACAUUGUUUAGUGGUUAUCGGUGCCGAAAGUUAAAUCACCGUGCGAAUUCCACGCUGAGAAACAUUCGGAAAGCUCUUUUCUUUCUUUUUUUCUUUCUUUCUUUAUUUCUACAACUAACAGUUCUUCUUUCUUUGAACACUCAUUUUCUUUUCGUUCUUUCUUUCUUUCUUUCUUUUUUUGUUCGUUCUUUUUUCUUUCUUUUUAUCCUUCACUUUCUCUUUUUUUCUUUCACUUCUUUUAUUUCUUUCUUUGUUCACCCAAACUUUCCUUGUUUCUUUCUUUCUUUCUUUCUUUCUUUCUUUCUUUCUUUCUUUCUUUAUUCAUCUAACAUUUCUUUCUUUCUUUCUUUCUUUCUUUCUUUCUACAACCAACAUUUCUUUUUUUCUUUCUUCGUAAAUGCAGACUUUUCUUUUUUUUUCUUUCUUUUUUCUUUCUUUCUUUCUUUCUUUCUUUCUUUUUUUCUUUUACUCAGACUUUCUCUUUUUCCUUCUCUUCUUUUUUGUCUUUCUUUAUUCACCCAACCUUUCUUUCUUUCUUUCUUUCUUUUCUUUCUUUCUUUCUUUCUUUCUUUCUUUCUUCACCUAACAUUUCUUUCUUUCUUUCUUUCUUUCUUUCUUUCUUUCUUUCUUUCUUCACCUAACUUUUCUUUUCUUUCUUUCUUUCUUUCUUUUUUCUUUCUUUUCUUUCUUUCUUUCUUUCUUCACCUAACAUUUCUUUCUUUCUUUCUUUCUUUCUUUCUUUCUUUCUUUCUUUCUUUCUUUCUUUCUUUCUUCACCUAA